GCAGCGGUAAUGUAUCGAACGGUGGUGAAUCGCAACCUUCUUAGCGGAGGAGGACGCCGCCUCCUCCUUCACCCUGAUAUGAGAACAGUCAUUGUCUCCUCUCGGUUUUCCACCACAACAGAAAGUCAACCGAUUCCUAAUCGAGCCCAUAAUCCACCUGAUUCUUCCACGUCAUCGUCUUCUUCGACGGGUUUCCAGCAAUCAUCCGUGGCUGGGGAUGUUCCGCGUCAUGAUAGGAAGAACCCGAGAGCCGAGUACGAAGGGGAGCAAGCUCGGGUUCUUCAAGCCUCACUACGACACGUCGUCCGUACAUCGAUUAAUUCUGCACAUCCGUUGAAUGUUUCAACAAGUUUUAAGCAGCGGGCAAUGCUGGUUGAUGAAAUCUGGCAUGCAGCCGGUGAUGAGACUUCCGAUCUAGAUUUGUAUGUGAAGCGCACUGUUCUUGGGGGGAUAUACUCAACAACAGAGAUUUACAUGCUGACCGACAGCUCCCCAGAGUUCCGGGAUACAUGUCUGUUCUUGGAUAAUCGAGUGAAAGAUGCUUUCGAUUUGAAGAAGACAAUUCAGGAGGCAAAGUAUUUGGCAGAAGCUGUUGGUGCUGGAAUGGUUAGCUCUUUGCAGGGUUUUGUUGGUAAAGAGCUUCAGAGAUAAAAGCUCGAGUCAAGACAGUUCUUUAUAAUUGUACGACUCGCUUCAGAUACGAGAUUACGCUCGAUGAGCUAUAAAAACUAGUAGCUAUCAAGCUUAGUAUUUAUCACUUGGCACAAGCUGUUAAGUUUAGGUUUCAUAACAAGUUUAUAGCAGGGCUUUAGUGCAUCAACCACGAUCCUUGAUUCAUCUCCUUGGCAAUUGAUUGAACAUAAAUUUGUAGAUGCAAGCGUAGUUAUCAUUUGUUAACAGGAUACUGUUGCUUCACAAUUUAUAUGAGACUAUAUUUACUUAUAAUAAAGCAUCUUUUGGUUGUUUACA